CAUUGCAUAACCAAACGUUCAACGUAAAGGUUCUCUGCUCAUAAAGAAACUUUUCUUAGUAACUCCUUCGAAAAAAAUGUGUAAAUUUACCAAUCGUUUAUUUGUAUUCGCCUUAAGUUGUUUACUGAGCCUACAAAUGGUUUGUGUCUGGGCUAAACCUAUACACAGUUCUUCACGUGAUGAUGCUGAAGAUUUGGGGACUUUAAUAGCUUUAUCGACCUUAAUGAAUUCUCAAGAUGUUCAUUAUGAUCAGAGGCAAAAGGGUGAUGAAAAUUAUCGCAUUAAAUUGGAUGGUUUCUUUAUUGGUUUACCUCAAGAAGAUAGUUCUACUUUACUGCUGCUUACGGAUGAUUUAUUUGAGAGUAUCGAUGAUGAUUAUCUUUCAGCUUUGGGUAAAAAUAAACCAGCAGCUAAGGGAGCACCAACAUCUUCAGCCGCCUCCUCAUCAUUAGCAAGCUCUGCUGCAGCAGAUAGUUCUCCUGCAGCCUCUGAAAAUAAUCUCAAUCUUUCUUCCAACAAUGCUUUAAACCCCUCGAAUAAUUUGCCGGAAAUUCCUGCACCCAAAAAAUAUCUAGAAGCUAGACAUGGUUUGAAUUCGGGCUCUAGAACUAAGUCUUAUAUAGCACAAUUCUUAAAGUUACUUAAAAGGGUACGCAAACAUUAAGUUAAGAAUUGAAGUUCUAUAAAUCGGACAAAAUCAUUUAUCAUUAUCAACCACCAGAUUUUUUUAAUAAAUUAAUAUUAAAUGUAUUUUCUUUAUAAAGAAAUUCGGAGUAAUAAAGACUGUUAAAUUAAGUUAUAAAACUACAUACAUUGUUUUAAGAGAAAAAUUAAAAUUGU